CCGAAUUCGUUUAUUUAUUGAAAAAAAAAACUUACAGACUAAUUUAUAACAAUCAUAAUUAAGAAUAAUUAUUUUUUAUAUCAAUAUUGUUUGGCCAUAGCUGCAGUCAUCAUCGAAUUAAUUUGAAAAUCAUAAUAAUUAGCUGUUAAAGAGUUGUUUUGCAUGUAAUAGACCAGUGAUUUAUUCAGUAGACAGCCUAUUUCGCUGUUUUGUUUUCAAAAGAUUAAUAUGUGAAAAUAUGCGUUCAACGUUAGCGGAUGAAUAGGGAAGUGAUAAAAUAUUAAGGAUGAAAUUAGACAACAAAGGAAACAUUUGAGUUUCAUCGCCACGUUUUAGUAAAGUUACUUCAUCCCAAAAUAGUUCUACAUCAUUAGGAAAUGUUUUGAUUUGUUCACAAUUUCUUAAAAUGCGCCACUCUAUAUAAUUUUCCUGGAAAUCAUUGCUCUGAACAAUAUUGGGAAAGAGCCUACUCUUAUAGAAGUAUUGUAGUAGUUUUGCCAAAUUUAACAUUUUUUGGAUCAAUAAUGUCUAAAAGUGUCAAAUCGGUACAAAAUUCGGGAGAAUUUCCAUGUAUACUCUGAAAUCGGAGAAAAAUUGUUAUAUUUCGCUACUUCGGUAGAACAGAGUCCAUAUCGGUAGAAAUACCGAAAAAUCGGUAGGUUCGAGACCACUGCAGGUAUACUACGCCCAAGCGUUCGAGUGCCACGCAUUCAUUCUCGCUCUGUCUCUUUCCUUCUAGUGUGGUAGCGUUAAAUGCUUAACGCAACAUUGUUAGAAGUCGCAUUAGAAGUUUCACUUCAAUAAAUUUGUAACAUUGCAAUUUUAAGGAGCUCUCUGUUUUUUCAUUUUUCGCCCCUGUCUUGUAUUUAGUAAAUAAGUAUUGCGUUACUUAUUGCGUUGUAAUGAUAAUCUCAAAUUGUUUAUCGUUUAGGUUGAUAUCUAGAUAACUAGAUAUCCGAUAGUUCAUUGUGAGUUCACUCUGGUGGAUACCCAUGUUCUGCUUAUUUCAAUUAUAAAACAAUCAAACAAGGAAAUCGAAAGAAGCAAAUUUUACGAAAUAGCGAACGCUCGCUGAAGCUCAACAUUUUUUAAAGUUAAUCUACAUAACCUGAAAAUGCCUAAAAUUUAUCAAAAGUAUUAAUAUUUGAAUAAUAUCCAAAAAUCGAAUUAAAAAAUGGGAAUCCAUUCGCCUGAACUGUCGACAGGAGAAAUUUGCAAUACCGUUGAAGAAGGACAUGUCAUUCCUUAAAAUCUAGUAGUAGUCUUUCUCAAGAAAGACGUCACGCCGCAAUGAAAGUAACUAACUUAAAUAUGUCAGUCGUCAGAACCUAUGGAAUUUAGUUAACCUCCAUUAACCGGAGCAGCCAUCGAUCGUAGAUCUACGAUCGAUCGGAGCAGCAUAUUAUACUCAGCAUUAAGUAAAUUUUAUGCUUUAGUUUUUUUAUUAAAUAUUUUGUAUACCCUAGAUUUAUGUAUUCAAAUCAAUCGAUUUAUGGUUGUGUUCCAAGAAUUAACUAUUUAUAUCUGUAAUCUAUUUCCAAUUAACUAUUAAAAAAAACAUUUUUGUACAUUUUUAUUAAAUAGUCAUCCUGGCAAGGCAUGGUAUUUUUCCUUUGUUUGCUCAAAAAACAAGCUGUUAUUUGGUAAUGUUGGUAGUUGGUAUUGAUUGAAUGUAAAAUUCUAUCUCGUUUUGGUUAAGGCGAAAAAUUUUGUUCUCUCUUUUUAACGAUGAAUAAAUGCCAUUGACCCUUUGUUCUGCCGUUACCUGAUUGGUUGAUUUUUGGGAGGGGAGCAAAUUUCAAUGCAAAAAAAGCGUCUCUCUGCUGUAGCCAACAUAACGAACCAUUUGGCGCCGACUCCGAUUCAUCGCGUCAUCGCGUAGUUUCUUUCUUCUGCAUUUGGCAUUCGUUGUUGAAGGUCGCGUGUAGACCAUAGUUUUAGUUUAAUUCUAAUUAUUAGGCGUAAUUUUAGUCAUGGCUAAUAACGAUAAUUUUGCACAAGAUAUUACCACCGACAACCAGCUUAAUGGAAAUGCAGAGAACGGUGGCGGUGAUUCGCAAGAUCAUAACAGUGCUGAGGCCCCAGGACGCGAUGACGACAGAAAACUUUUUGUUGGUGGGCUGAGCUGGGAGACCACAGAUAAGGAGCUCCGUGAUCAUUUUGGAGCAUACGGUGAAAUAGAGAGUAUUAAUGUAAAGACAGAUCCAAACACAGGCAGAUCACGAGGGUUUGCCUUCAUUGUGUUUAAGGCCCCAGAGUCAAUAGACAAGGUCAUGGCUGCUGGUGAACACACCAUCAACAACAAGAAAGUAGACCCAAAGAAGGCUAAAGCACGACAUGGGAAGAUUUUUGUCGGAGGACUCAGCAGUGAAAUCUCAGAUGAUGAAAUCAGAAACUUCUUCAGUGAAUUUGGAACUAUCUUAGAAGUGGAGAUGCCCUUUGACAAAACAAAGAACCAAAGAAAGGGCUUCUGUUUCAUCACAUUUGAAUCUGAGCAAGUUGUAAAUGAUUUGCUUAAGACUCCCAAAAGAACAAUUGGUGGAAAGGAGGUCGAUGUGAAGCGUGCAACACCAAAACCAGAUGGCCCCGGAGGCAUAGGCACGCGAGGUGGCCGCGGCGGACGCGGUGCCAGAGGAGGCCGCGGCGGCCGUGGUGGAUACGGCGGCCAACCUUGGGGUAACCAGGGUUACGGCGGCUACGGCUACGGUCAGGGUGGCUAUGGCGGCGGAUACGACAGCUACGGCUACGGGGGCUACGGUUACGAUGGCUACGGGGGCUACGGCGGUUACGAUUACUCUGGAUACCCUAAUUACGACUACGCCGGGUACGGAGGGUACGAGGGCGGGUACGGCGCACGUCAGCCUCCGCGAGGGAAAGGUACUCGAAGCACACUUGCUCGCACACAGAUAGUUUAUGCAAUUCUUCUGCAAACAUUGUUCUUGACAAAGUUUCAUGUGAAGUUUUGCAAUAACACUAAACUCAAAUUUACAAUACUAUCUUAUCAUUCUGAGUUUUCAGGAUCAAGAAGAAUGUUUGUUAAAAUGUUCAUGAUCAUUAAUUUUCAAUUCAUUGUUAAUUUGUUUUGCUUAAAAACUACACCAUAUUCGGACCACUAUCAAAAUUUAUACCAAACGCAUUAUUACGUAGGCACGCAUGGCCUUAUUGUAUAUUUAUAGUUCAAAUAACAUUGGAAAGUAUAUUUAGGAACACAACUAAAUCUUUGCGAGUCUGUUGCACAUCUCUUUGAAGUUACUAACUGUAGACUUACUCUAUUUUAGAUUAGAAAAUCUCACCACUAAACUUUUGGACUUCUACUGAAAUUUUAGUUUUAAGUGUAGCAUGAACAAUAGAAUAAGUUUCAAUUAACAUUCAUAAUUAAGUGUGAUCACUAAAACACUUGAAUGUGUUUUUGUUUCAUCAAAGAUAAGAUUUGAAUGUCAUUGGUGUUUUUUGGACUCGUCUGAUUCUCAAAAAUUACAUUUUAUUUUAAAGAAUUUGUCUAAUCAGUUGACAUUGGAUAUGCUUAGUCAAAUAACAGGUAUAAUUUUAUUGAGUAGUGUAGUUUAGCAGAACAUACUUUUCUUUGUAAAGCACAUUUUCUCCAUUGUAUAUGGAGGUUAGGUUAAAAAACUUAUAAUUUUGAAUAACAUUCCUUUUUGUUUGGUGAUUUUGUGGUUACAUCUUUUCGGGAGAUCUUUUUCACACUCAGAAGUCAAUGUCGAUAUGGAUUAAAUAAUUUCUUCUAAACUACUGCUAGUUGUCUGUCAAUUGAUUGAGUGGAGUCGGACGGGUCACAUUAUUCCGAUAGUGCGGUGUGGUGAGGUUGUGUUGUGCCGCAGGGUACCAGGGGGGCAAGACGCGCGGGGGAGGCGGCGGAGCGCGGACCACACAGCGACACCAA